GUCUCAUCACAGCCACUCUAAAGGACUGCUCCUCACACUCUUGAUGAUAAUGCUCCAAGAUGAAGUGGAUUCAACUUUUGAUUCCAUGUUUACUGAUCUCAACUAUUACAUGUGAUGUUGUGCAGCGGAGGCGGGGCUGCAUCCUGUCAGCCAAUGGGAUGUGCUUUUGAAGCCUGGCAGUAGAUGGGACGGACUUCUUAAGCUUUGACCCUGAAUCUCAGAGAUGGACGUCCCAGUCUCUCUCGCAGCACCGGUGGACAACGCUGGAACAAGAAUACAGUAAUGAAUAUGCUAUAGACACUUGUCAGGUGAUAUGUCCGCAGAUGAUCGGACACAAAUUAAGACCAAUACAGCGGAAAACAGAGCUACGUGUUUUUGCCAAGCCCAUUGUGGACACAGGCCAGACACUGCUGAGGUGUCAUGUGACCACCACUGACAAAUCAGUGAGCUCGGUGCAUCUGAUUGGAAACGGGGCUUCCAGGGCCAGUUGGAUCAGGGUAACUGGACCGCUGCCCGCUGAAGACGGAUCUGUGAUUCUCCGACUGACAGCUGACAUCUCCCAGAACCGAGACCACCACACGUACGGCUGCACGGUACAAACAGGAAGUCACAACACCACUGUCUUUUGGGAUGGGAAAACUAUUGACGGCAGAAACCUUCUUGAUAACUUAGGUGUGUUUUGGAUAAUCCUGCUAGUAUUCCUUGGAGUCAUCUGCGCUGUGUUAACAAGCACUGGUGUAUUCCGUGCAAUCCGAUGUCUGCAUAAAUAUGUGAAACCAAAGUCCAGUCCUCCUCCAAGAGCUGAUCCACAUCUGGCGGAGCAGUUUACCAGGAUCAUGGAGAGCGUUGCGUCUCCAGAUCUGCAGAGCGUUAUUUUUUCAGUCACACAGGGGAGGGAAGGACACGGAGAGUCCCACGAGCAGUGGGAGGUGAGAGUCAUGUUAAAGGAUCAAAGUUACUACGAUCCAGAGUUCUUUGCAAAAAAAAUUGUUGGGGCCCAGCGAUAGUUAAAUGAGGAAUUGAGCAGGAAUUUGAAAUUGUAGAAAGACAAAAAUAUUUAAUAUCAACUGUGAACAUCAGGUUCCACCGUCAGUCCCUCAGAGACGCUGUUAUUUUGCACUGAAUCCAUUCACCACAGGAAAUAAGAGCUUGCUUUUUAUUGGCCCUCUGUGAAUAAAUCCGGCAGACAUUUCAUAGGAAAACAUGCAAACCCCUUAAUAAUAAUAAUAAUAUAUACGUUGUUUGUUUCAUUGUGCUGCUGUGUGUAAAUAAUGUUUAAACAAAGCCAAGUAUUGUUUUCUAUAUUUCACAGCUAUUUUAUUUCAACUUUUCUACCAAUGUAUGUAGUGUUUACCAUGCUGUAUAAUAAUGUGAAUCUUUACUGAGAUCUCUGCUGCUUUCUAUUUUCAAAGAUAAGAUAAUAUUAUAAU